AUGGACGAGCAAGCGGGUCCCGGCGUCUUCUUCAGCAACAACCACCCGGCAGCCGGUGGUGCCAAGGGUCUCGGGCCUCUGGCGGAGGCUGCCGCGGCCGGCGACGGGGCGGCUGCGGCGGGGGCGGCCCGAGCCCAGUACAGCCUCCCGGGGAUCCUGCACUUCCUGCAGCAUGAGUGGGCCCGCUUCGAGGUCGAGAGAGCCCAGUGGGAAGUGGAGCGGGCGGAGCUGCAGGCCCAGAUUGCCUUUCUUCAGGGGGAAAGGAAAGGUCAAGAAAACUUAAAGAAGGAUCUUGUGAGAAGAAUCAAAAUGCUGGAAUAUGCUCUUAAACAGGAAAGAGCCAAAUACCACAAGUUGAAAUAUGGGACAGAAUUGAAUCAGGGAGAUAUGAAGCCUCCAAGCUAUGAUUCUGAUGAAGGUAAUGAAACAGAGGUACAGCCACAACAAAACAGCCAGUUAAUGUGGAAGCAAGGUCGGCAACUACUCAGACAGUAUCUACAGGAGGUGGGUUACACAGAUACUAUUCUAGAUGUGAAAUCCAAACGAGUGCGAGCUUUGUUGGGCUUUUCAAGUGAUGUCACUGACAGGGAAGAUGACAAAAAUCAGGACUCAGUUAUAAAUGGCACAGAAGCCGAAGUUAAAGAGACAGCAAUGAUUGGAAAAUCCGAGUUAACAGAUUCUGCCUCCGUGCUGGAUAAUUUUAAAUUCCUUGAAAGUGCAGCUGCAGAUUUCAGUGAUGAAGAUGAAGAUGAUGACAUUGAUGGAAGAGAGAAAAGCAUCAUUGAUACUUCAACAAUUGUUAGGAAGAAAGUAUUGCCCGAUAGCAGUGAAGAUCGAGAUACAAAAGAAGCUCUAAAGGAGUUUGACUUCUUGGUUACAUCAGAAGAAGGAGACAAUGACUCCAGAAGUGCAGGCGAUGGGACAGACUGGGAAAAGGAAGACCAAUGUCUCAUCCCUGAAGCUUGGAAUGUGGACCAGGGAGUAAUUACCAAACUCAAGGAACAAUACAAAAAGGAGAGAAAGGGGAAAAAGGGGGUGAAGAGAAAAACAACCGAAGAUCUGUUUCAGCCUCUAUCCUAUAUAAAACAGUCAAAACAGGGAUAUGGGAGAAUGAAGCAUCGAAGUACAGGGCCCAAUAGGUCAAAACUACAAGACAUGCUUGCUAAUUUGAGAGAUGUUGAUGAACUUCCCUCCUUGCAGCCAUCUGUGGGUUCACCCUCCAGACCCAGCAGCUCCAGGCUUCCUGAACAUGAAAUAAAUAGGGCAGAUGAAGUGGAAGCACUGACGUUUCCUCCUUCUUCUGGGAAGUCAUUCAUCAUGGGAGCAGAUGAAGCACUCGAAAGUGAACUGGGACUGGGAGAAUUGGCAGGCCUUACAGUGGCCAAUGAAGCAGAUUCAUUAACUUAUGAUAUAGCAAAUAAUAAAGAUGCAUUGAGGAAGACAUGGAACCCCAAGUUUACAUUAAGAAGUCACUUUGAUGGCAUUAGAGCCCUCGCUUUCCACCCCACUGAGCCUGUUUUGAUAACAGCAUCAGAGGAUCACACGUUAAAAAUGUGGAAUUUGCAGAAAACAGCCCCAGCCAAAAAGAGCACGUCUCUUGAUGUGGAGCCUAUCUAUACAUUCAGAGCUCAUAAAGGUCCAGUGCUUUGUGUGGUGAUGAGCAGCAAUGGUGAGCAGUGCUACAGUGGUGGUACUGAUGGAUUGAUCCAGAGCUGGAACACCACUAACCCCAACAUCGAUCCCUAUGACUCCUAUGAUCCUUCUGUCUUAAGAGGCCCUCUCUUGGGCCACACGGAUGCAGUCUGGGGCUUGGCCUACAGUGCAGCACACCAGCGUUUGUUGUCCUGUUCAGCAGAUGGCACUCUCCGGUUGUGGAAUACAACUGAGGUUGCUCCAGCCCUGAGUGUGUUUAAUGAUAAUCAAGAAUUGGGAGUCCCUGCCUCUGUGGAUCUGGUGAGCAGUGACCCAAGCCAUAUGGUUGCAUCAUUCAGCAAAGGAUACACAAGCAUCUUUAACAUGGAAACACAACAACGCAUUCUCACUCUAGAAUCCAAUCUAGAUUCAACUGCCAACUCUUCCUGCCAAAUAAAUAGAGUCAUCAGUCACCCCACUCUUCCCAUCAGCAUCACUGCCCAUGAAGACAGGCACAUCAAAUUCUAUGAUAACAAUACAGGCAAACUGAUCCACUCGAUGGUAGCCCACCUAGAAGCCGUUACAAGUUUAGCAGUUGAUCCAAAUGGCCUGUACUUAAUGUCUGGCAGUCAUGACUGUUCAAUACGUUUAUGGAACCUAGAAAGUAAGACGUGUAUCCAGGAGUUCACAGCUCAUCGGAAAAAGUUUGAAGAAUCAAUUCAUGAUGUAGCUUUCCACCCAUCCAAAUGCUAUAUAGCCAGUGCUGGGGCGGAUGCACUGGCUAAAGUCUUUGUAUGA